UUUCCCAUACAAACUUAACUGUUUUCCUAUGAACAAUCAGAGUCAGUUCAAUUGUAAAAGAAGGUCUCAUAUCAUGGCAUAUGGAUGAUUACUUUUCAUGUCGAAGAAUUACUCCUCCUUUAGACACAUCAAGAUAGUUCUAAGAGAUAUGAAUAAUAAGAUUCAGCAAAAUAAAAAGAAAGAACCUAGGAAAUGAUAAAGAACACUGGUGUAUAGAGACAUGAUAAAUAAUGCAUAAAAAAAACAGUGAGUCAACAGUAAUUUAUAUAAUAUUUCAAGAUGAACCUUUCCAUCAGCGACAAAGAUUUCGGCAACAGAUCUUUUUAGUGUUUCUGUGCACAGAAGAAAUCAAAAACUUGUAGAUUCAUAUACUGUGUUAUUUGUAUUAAUCACUCGGGAAUACACUAUACCUUUGAAAGAUUUAUAAGAAUAUUUAUUUUCUUUUUACCUGUUCGUCCAGCUCAGAAAUGUUUUUCGACAGCUGUUCUGGAAGUGUCUCUGUCAGAACAAUUUAUGUUCAAAGUUAGAUAGAGAAAAUACAUAAACUCGACCGAAAUGAAUCAUUUAAUUAAAAGAAACGAGUGGAUUAGGAAGAAUUCGGAUGUGUUUUCUCAUCUACUUGAAAACAAUACAGUUUAGUAAUUUUAUAACAAUUCAAACUCUUGUCCAGUGUUUUUCUAAAGUAGAUAGUUAUCGAAACAAAAUUGUUACGAUUUAGAAAGAGUGUGGGUGUGAAGAAAAGAUAACCCCAAUUUAUUCGAAUAGCAUCUUCUACUUGAAAUAAAAGCAGAAGUAUGUUUCUCAUUAUGUUCUAUUCGAACAUUAUAUUUUUACAUGUUUUAGAUUGAUGAGUUAGAAAAGAAAAUAAUGUGUCCUGAUGAACAAAUCAACAGUAAUCAAUCAUCAGGACUACCAUUUAAUCAUCUAUCUUUUGAACAACCUGGUUUUAAAGAUACAUUAGACGGAAAGUUGAAGGAAAAAAGUAAGAAGAUUUAAAAUUACUGACGUUAUCUGAAGCAAUAUUUCUUUGAUUUUUAUCUUAUAGAAUACAUCACUCGAUCAACGUUAUGCUGCUCAAUUAGAACAACUUGUUUCACUUGGUUUUAUUAAUCAUGAAGAAAAUUUAUAA